UAAUAAAUUAUAUUAAUAAAAUAAAGGAUUCUAUUGUUUCUGACUGAAUCAUUUUCCAUAGAAAAAAUAAACAAACCACAGAAAUUGUUUCUGGCUGAAUCAUUUUUGUGUCUUCCCUUCUAGGACUGCUUCUCGGCUUUCCCGAGCCCUAGGUCGACGCAGAGUAAACCUCAAAUCUAUUUCUUUUCAGCAAUCCGUCUCUAUCUCUAGAUUCACAACCAUAAGAACGAAGUAAUUGUCGCGCCAUUUUUCUAUUGAAUGUUUGCUCAACCUACCCGGAACAAUUCCAGAGACAGAGAGGCCAGAGGAGUUGUAUAGAUCAAAAAAUAGAGUUGUGCUGAUGGUCAUCAGACAUUAACCAUAAAGGGGUAGAGGUCAAGCAUCAUGGUCAAUGAAUUAUUGUCAUUUAUUCCUUGUAUGUGUAAUUUUAUAGUUUAUUAGUUGUGUUGUGAAAGAUCUCAUUGUUCUUUGCUAAUUGAGCAGUUUUCUAUGCUAUCUUUUGGAAACUUUGCGAGAUAGUGAUUCAACUUUCAAACUUAUUUCAAAAACUUUAUACAUCAAAGCUUUGAUGGAUAUCUUCUUUUUACCUGGCAAUCAACGAAGGACAUUGCUGACCUUUUACCUACCUGGCAAUCUCUCAUUUCUGCCGUAGUUAAUGAAUUCUGUGUGGAUUCUUUUUCUUUUCUAGUUUUUGCGCUGGGAUUACUAAUCUCAAUGUGCUCUGACAAAUGUUAUAUGAUUGAAGUUCUUUUUGGGUGUUACUAAUGAAUGUUCGUGGGCUUGUGGAUUGAAAUUGUUUAAUUGUUUUUACUUUCAUUAAUGCAUGAUAUUGAUGAGAAAUUCACAUGCUUGGCUACACUUAUUUGCAGCAAGAGCCAGAAGUUUGUGAUGGCUACAAGAGCACUGUCACACAUCAAAAAGAGUCCCCUAGUGAAUGCAGUGAAACAGGCCAGGCUCCCUUUUCGUAGCUUAACAGCUGUUAAGCAUGGCCAGCCAUCGACUACUUCUGAUUCAUACAACAUGACUCCACCUAGUCAUUCUUUGAGCAAAAUCAGUUGUCUUUCUUCUUCAACAGGCUUUUCGUGGAGAAAUUUGGGCUGCAGUCCAGCUUUAGGAUCAGUUAUUGCUCUGCCACGCCUCAGUGUAUCUCGGCUGACAGAAUCUGUACGUUAUAAUUCAACAUCAGGGGUAUAUGCAAAUGUAAGGAAGAGGUUCAAUAAACAACGCAGAAAUAGAGGAGAAUUGAAGGGAGUAUCAGAUAAUGAGCUUUCUUUCGGUAAAUAUGCUCUUCAGGCACUCGAACCAGCAUGGAUUACAUCCAAACAAAUUGUUGCGGGACAGCUAGCAAUCAAAAGAAACAUGCGUGGUGGGAAACUGUUCAUGCGCAUCUUCCCACACAAACCAAUUUCACUAAGACCAGCGGAAACACGUAUGGGUCGAGGAAAAGGAAAUAUAGCAUUUUGGGUAGCGGGUGUUAGAGCUGGCCGAAUGAUUUAUGAAAUAAACGGAGUACCAGAAAGCGUAGCACGCAAAGCAAUCACAGUUGCAGCAUCCAAAUUUCCUAUAAGGACCAGAUUUGUCAAGUCUUCAGCAUAAAGAAAGUAGUGUAUUUCAUCUUCCUCAUUUUUGAACAAGAUUUCUUUCUAUAUUUGCAAUUUUCACCAUCAAUGACUUUGAUGGAAAGUACUAUGAUAAGUUGAACUGCUAUCUUUCCUCAGUUUCUCUAACUCUAAGCAGUCGAGACGGAUACAUAUGUUUGCGACGUGCCCAAUGACGGUGCGUUCAGGGUAUUGAUAGUAUAACUUUUGGUCGGUUUAGCUGUAAUUGUUUGGCAUUCCAGGAAAGAACUUUAGCAUGCCAAUGCUAAAGACUCUUUAGUUGUAACUUGUAUUUGACAUUAUAUCUUUUAUUUCUGUUCUCAGAUUAAUGCUAGACUAAUAGCUUCAGUAGUUUGGAUGUUUAUCAAUUAGUCCUGUUUCCCCUUA